GUCUUGACUGUCGCUGUCAACCUGUUGACAUCGUCCCGGUAUAGACAUACAUCUCUUCCCAUCAUCAACCAACCUUCCCUCACUUGAACUCGUCGUCACUUUUCACCACCCACCCUGCGAAUUGCAGCGAGGCACAAAGAAAAUUUAUCGCACAUCUUCGCGCAUUGUAUCCACGGGUUCCGCUCUGUCGCAUCCAAGGAAACAGCAUCAGGAAUUACUUUCAGUGCUCGCUCUAACAUACUCGACCCUAGUCGUCGAAAUCAUUGCCUGCAUACAGGCUACCACUGCGCACAUUCCUUUUCGGACGUCCCUGCACAACAUGCAGAGUCAAGAUUUCGCCGAUUUUGUCCUCUGUCCGGCUCAUUUCACCACCGACAACAAGAAGAUGCUAGCCCUUGCUCUCGAUUCCACCAGACAACGGCAGACUUCCUACGUCCCACAGCUCGCAAUGGACUCCACGUUGGUCGACCCGUUCGCCUUCCCAAUGGAGGGCAUGUGUGAUUAUGGGCAGACACACGAUUCCUCCGUCGCAUUGCAACCACCCUAUUAUGACACUCCUGCCAUGUACUCGGACGCUUUCGCACCUCUCCCCAAGACCUCCAGCUUCCCUCCAAUGCCCGUCACACCUCCUUCUCUUCCUCUUUCCGCCGAUCACUUCAUUCCUGGUCUCUCUACCGCUUCAGGACCUUCUAUCCCGAGUGCCUCAUCGUCCGCCAUGGGGUCACCCCACUCAGGAACAGCACAUUUUAUCCAAGAGGAGUGGAUCCAGACUACCAACGGCUUGGGACUCGCCGACGCUCUCAUGGGCGACUUCUUUCUCAAUGAGUAUGUCAGCGGCGCAACGGACACGGAUGGCUUCUAUCAGAAGAAGUGGAUUGAGAAUUGUGUCGAUCCUUCAGUAAUUCAGCCCAACUCCCAGCAAUGCCAUCUUUCACCACCCGCCAUCUCGUUUCCUGAGUCGUCCGACUUCAUGAUCGCUCAGGACAGCUUCUUCCCCCAAUCUCCCAAUCCAUCUCACUACCAGCCUGAGGAGCCCUAUCCCACCACGCAACCCUUUCCCCACCAGCAAGCUGAGUUCUCAGCUGCUUCUCCCGUUUCCACCGUUCCUUGUUCACUCCCCGUCUCCGCAUAUCAGCGAAGAUCAUCCGUGGCUUCGGUCCGGUCUCGCCUGUCUCAGCCCAGCCCGGCGUCGAGCAGCCUCGACUCCGAUGAUGAAUUCAAGGAAAAGGGCCGAUGCCCUCAUCCCGACUGUGGACGAGUGUUCAAGGACCUCAAGGCCCACAUGCUUACUCACCAGUCCGAGAGACCUGAGAAAUGCCCGAUUGCAACUUGCGAGUACCACAUCAAGGGGUUCGCACGCAAGUACGACAAGAAUCGGCAUACACUCACCCAUUACAAGGGAACGAUGGUGUGCGGAUUCUGUCCGGGAUCUGGGUCGCCCGCUGAGAAGAGUUUCAACCGGGCGGACGUCUUCAAGCGUCAUCUGACUUCAGUGCACGGUGUUGAGCAAACGCCACCCAACUGCCGCAAGCGAACCCCCGUGGCCUCCAUUGCCAAGAAUGUGUCUGGUCAUAGUCAGGAGGCUACUGGCAAAUGUUCUACGUGUUCCAUCACUUUCAGCAAUGCACAAGACUUCUACGAGCAUCUGGAUGACUGUGUGCUACGCGUGGUGCAACAAGAAGAGCCUAGCGAAGCCAUCAACCAGCAGCGCCUUGCCGAAGUCGACUCGGACGAGGAGGUGAAGAAGACUAUGGAGAAACACAUGCUACUCGACACGGCUGGUACCGUGGAUCGAUUCAGCGACGAAAAUGACGACGAUGACGAAGACUUCUACGAAAGCCCCAGCCAGCGGUUGGCUAAGAACUUCCUGAAGGUUCCUCGGGGCAAUUCCACCGCUCGCGUUAUCCUGGGCAGCGGCAAUGCCGUCACUAAACCCUUAGCCAACAACAAGAUGCGCGCGACGGCGACCAAGCGGCGGAACAACCGUGACCGGUACCCUCAGUCGUGGGGAUGCCCCAGCAGCAGCAUCAAGACCAAGAAGCGCGUGCUUUGUGUCUUUGAUGGUCAGCGUCGUCUAUGGAAGGAUGAGAUGAUGCUUGACAACGAGUUCGAAGUCCGGCUCAAGCUCCCAGGUGGCGCCGGAGAUGGUACCAACCGGGAUGCAUACGUGACCGAUCUGGAUGUUGAGACUCUGAAGCGUGCUGAGGGCGUGUUGAGUGCCAACGACGAAGAACGUGGGCCGUGGCUCAGCGGCCCAACCACGCAGAUGAUCGGUCGGCCAGCCGUCCCACUACCCGACGUCGCUUAUUCGCAUGAGAACCUCGACGAGCUGAUGGCCUAAAACCGCCUUCCCCCUGAAGCAUCCCUGCUUUGUAUUCUUUCCCUUUCCCAUUCGUAUCUUAUGUCUUUUGCAUACCUGUGUCUCCUGGAAAGCGAGCCGAUUGAUAUUUUUUUUUUCUCUUUAUGUGGCUGUUUUUGCGUUUCAAAAUCUUGACUGAUACCAUCAUAUCCAUGUUCUUUGAGCCCCCUCUGUUUUGAUUGAUCUUCUCUUUGAAUCAUGUUGU